CAAUCAGGUCUGAAAGCUGAUUGGCAUCUGAAGGAGAUUAGCAGGAACUGAAAUAAAACAGUUUUGUCUUAUUGAACAGUAAGCAAACUGCCUGACUUACCGGCAUCAGAUGUGUUUAUUUUAAACGGCAUUGUGCAAUGUUUUUGUACAAGUGAGGGAGGAAAUGCUGAUCUUAUAAAGGGAACAUGCUUUUCUUUCACUUCAUUACUCUAAGAAGGACCAGAAAAUGAAGCUCUUCUUACUAAAUUGCUUGCUGGUUUCUUACUUCUCAAAAGUUCAAGCAGAAAAUAGAGAGUUCUACAUUGGGAUUAUAGAAACUGCUUGGAAUUAUGCACCGGGGACAAAGAACAUAAUAUCGGGGAAGGCCUUUUCAGAAGAUGAGCAAGCAAAUGUCUUUCUCCAACAAGGCCCGAACCGGAUAGGAAGAAUAUAUAAAAAAGCUGUCUACAUGCAAUUCACAGAUAAUUCAUAUACUACAGUUGUUAAAAAACCUUUUUGGCUGGGCUUCCUAGGCCCCAUUCUCAAAGCAGAAGUUGGAGAUUCCAUUACUGUCUACUUAAAAAACUUUGCUAAGAGACCCUACACUCUGCAUCCGCAUGGUGUCAAAUAUACAAAAGAAAAUGAAGGUGCUUUUUACCCUGACAAAACCUCAGGUUUGCAAAAAAAAGAUGACAGUGUGCAACCUGGAGAGCAGUAUGUAUAUAAGUGGAACAUAACUGAAGACCAUGGUCCAGCAGAAGGAGAUAAUAAUUGUUUGACUAGGGUUUAUCAUUCACAUAUAGACGCACCUAAGGAUGUUGCUUCGGGGCUUGUUGGACCGCUCAUCACUUGUAGGAAAGGCUCGUUGCAAAAUGGAACAGAUAAAGACAUUGACCUAGAAUUUAUCCUGAUGUUCACUGUAAUGGAUGAAAACUUCAGCUGGUAUUUAGAUGAGAAUAUCCAGACAUACUGCUCUGAACCUGACAAAGUCGACAAAGAGAACGAGGACUUCCAAGAGAGCAAUAAAAUGCACUCAAUCAAUGGAUAUAUGUAUGGAUAUCUUCCCAACCUCACAAUGUGUGCAGAACAGAAAGUAAAAUGGCAUCUUUUGGGCAUGGGGAAUGAAGUUGACAUCCAUUCCGCUUAUUUUCAUGGGCAAACAUUGACAGAAAGGAAACAUCGAAAGGAUACAAUCAACCUCUUCCCUGCUACGUUUGUGGAUGCUCUUAUGGUGGCAAAGAACACAGGAGAAUGGUUGCUUAGCUGCCAAGUCAAUGAUCAUAUAGAAGGUGGUAUGCAGGCCAUUUUUGAAGUGAAAAACUGUCAACGCCCUGCUCCCUCUCCCCAGGAAACUGUGAACGUAAGACACUAUUAUAUUGCUGCAGAAGAAAUCUUUUGGAACUAUGCCCCGUCUGGCAUAAAUAACUUCACAGGAGAAGAAUUAGUAUAUGAUGGGGAGUCCCAGGCCUUUUUUGAAAAAAAUGAAACAAGGAUUGGUGGAACUUAUAAAAAAGCUGUCUUCCGUGAAUAUGUUGAUGCCACCUUUAUGAAGCCCAAGGAGAGGCUCCCCGAGGAAGAACAUCUUGGACUUUUGGGACCUGUCAUCAGAGCAGAAGUUGGUGACAUCAUCCGUGUGACCUUCCGAAACAAUGGCAACCACUCAUUCAGCAUUCAGCCACAUGGAGUGAGUUACAGCAAGGACAAUGAGGGUUCUUUAUACAACACCAUCUCUGGAGGCACUGCAGCUCCAUCUUCACAUGUGGAUCCUGGAGCUACAUUUACUUAUGAGUGGAAGGUGUCAGAAGCUGUGAGUCCUGCACAGGAAGAUCCAGAUUGUUUAACUUGGCUUUACUAUUCAGCAUCAGAUGCAAUCAAGGACACCAAUUCUGGCUUGGUAGGCCCGCUCUUGGUGUGCAAGAAAGGGUCUCUUCUUCCAUCAGGGAAACAGAAGAAUGUCGACAAGGAAUUCUUCCUCCUCGCUACGGUAUUUGAUGAGAAUCUCAGCUGGUACUUGCAUGACAAUAUCUUGCACUCUAUAGGAAAUGAGAUUGAAGAGUUGGAAGAUGAAGACUUCCAGGAGUCCAACAAGAUGCAUUCCAUAAAUGGAUACAUGUAUGGAAACCAGAAGGGCCUGGAGAUGUGUAGAGGGCAAACUGUUUCUUGGCAUUUGAUUGGCUUGGGAUCAGAGGUCGAUAUUCAUGGAAUAUAUUUUUCAGGAAAUACUUUUUUGGUUCAAGGAAAAAGGCAGGAUACAGUCAACCUGUUUCCACAUUCCUCUGUUACAGCUGUUAUGAAGCCUGACUCAGAAGGCAUCUUUGAAGUGGAAUGCCUGACAACAGAUCAUUAUACGGGGGGCAUGAAACAGAGGUAUGCAGUGAGGGCGUGCGGUUUGUCAACAGAGGACAAUGAGGUGUAUUCCGAUCAGAAGACUUAUUACAUUGCUGCUAUAGAGACUGAAUGGGACUAUUCCCCUAAUAGGACAUGGGAGGAAGAGAAACAUCAGUUCCAUGAUGAAAGCCCAGGGAACCCAUUUUUAAACAAAGAAGAUAAAUUUAUUGGGUCAAAAUACAAGAAAGUUGUUUAUCGAGAAUAUACUGACAGCACUUUCAGCACACCCAAAGAAAGAAAGGAAGAAGAACAACAUCUGGGAAUUCUAGGUCCCCUACUUGUUGCACAUGUUGGAGAUAAAAUCAGAAUUGUUUUUAAAAAUAAGGCCUCUAAGUCUUAUUCGGUUCACGCUCAUGGAGUGAAAACCGACUCCCCAACUGUAGUGGAAACCUCUCCAGGUGAAAUGACAGAAUACAUUUGGAAACUCCCAGUGAGAUCUGGUCCUCAGAAAGGGGAUUCCCAGUGCAUCCCUUGGGUAUAUUACUCAACUGUGGAUAAAGUUAAGGACCUCUACAGUGGGUUGAUAGGGACACUCUUAGUCUGUCACAGGCAAUCUUUGCCCAUACUUCCACUACAAAAGAGGGUGCAAUUUGCUCUUCUUUUUUUGGUGCUUGAUGAAAAUGAGUCUUGGUACUUGGAUGAAAAUAUCCAAACAUACUCGGCCAAGCCAGGAGAAGUGAAUAAAGAAGAUGAGGAAUUUAUUGAAAGCAAUAAAAUGCAUGCCAUUAACGGACAGCUGUUUGGAAACUUGCAUGGCCUUAAUAUGCACGUUGGAGAUAAGGUCAGCUGGUACUUGCUGGGAAUGGGCAAUGAAGUGGAUAUGCACACCGCACAUUUCCAUGGCCACAGCUUUGAUUACAAGCAAACCGGGACUUACCGGGCAGAUGUCUUUGAUCUUUUCCCUGGGACAUUUCAAACUGUUGAAAUGUUGCCAAAGUAUCCUGGGUCAUGGUUACUGCAUUGCCACGUGACUGACCACAUCCAUGCGGGGAUGGAGACUAUCUACACCGUGCUCCCAAAAGGUGGCUCUUUAAGUGAGAAAGAUCCACUCAAUGCACAAAGUAGCUUCCAUCACUCUAGCUUCAGUGGCAUCCUGUGCUUGAUGCUUACCAUUUGCUCCCAGGUACUGCUACAAUGCAAGUAAGGGUGCCACUAUCUCCACUGUAGUUCUCUCAGCACUAAAAAACCUACAAAAACUAAAUCCCAACGGCUAGACAGAAUAAGCUGCAAAAACAUCCCAUGCCAAGUGAUUAAAAAAAAUUUUUUUUUUAAAGUCACUUAACACAAAUGGUGCUUCGAAGCCCUGAAAGUAUUCAAGAAUUGCAACACCUCUAGUGAGCAGUACAUUUUAAAAUGUUGAAGAAUAAAUCACAUCUGCAGAUGCUUCCUUAUGUACAGAACAGAGACAGAAUAAAAUAAUCGCAUUUGUCACCA